UCCUCGUUGACUCUUGGUGGGUAGAUCUGUCAGUGCACUAGCAUGUGCAUUGGGAGUGCGUGAGGACAUUACCAAGUUGUCUACCCAAUCCUAUAGAUGCACACUAUUGUAGAAAUAAAAGGUACAAGGUCUGGAUAUAGAUGUGGAUACUGCGGAGUUUCUCGUGGAAAAGUUUCGUAUGGGAUGUGGUCCCAUACUAUGACAGUUCAGGACUACCAAGACCUGUUAGAUCGAGGAUGGCGACGGAGCGGGAAGUAUGUAUACAAGCCCAUCAUGAACAAGACUUGCUGCCCACAGUACACCAUCAGGUGUCAUGCCUUGAAGUUUCAGCCAUCCAAAAGCCACAAGAAGAUCCUGAAGAAGAUGAACAAGUUCCUGUUUGUGGGAGAGAUUCCCGAAGGCCAGUGUGAUGGAGAGCCCAUGGACUCUGUGUGUCACGAGAGUGGUCCGGCGCGAGACUCAUCCCAGCUGAGUGCCUCUGAGGUUGAAGGUCCCAUCAACCCUCCCGAUGUGGACAAGGGAGCCGAAACCAACAGUGCCGCCCCGGAACCCCCCAGGCAGGAAGCUGGUCCCCCUGCCAAUGCCAAAGCCACCCGCUCUGCCCCCAUACCAGGUGUGGGAGCAGAUCCCAGCAGGCCUCCGUGUCGGAAGGCCAAGGAGCUCCGUAAGGAGCGGCGCAUGCAGAAGGAGCAGAGACGGCAGCAGGAGGCCGGGGACACUGCCACCUCCUCCUCCUCCUCCUCAGUGCCCGCUCCAGCUCCUGCCCCUGCUCCCACCACGGCCAACCAGACCAAGUCCCUGGAGGAGUUCCUAUCCGAGACGACUCCCGACUCCCCUCUGCACCGCUUGGAGGUGAGGCUAGUGCCGGUCAGCUUUGAGGAUCCUGAGUUUGUGGCGACCUACGAGCGUUCCGCCGCACUGUACUCCAAGUACCAGCAGGCCAUUCACGGCGAUGACCCGUCUGAGUGUGGUGAGACUGAGUACAAGAGAUUCCUCUGCGAUUCACCUUUGGAGGUGGAGACAGCUGCAGACGGUCCUGAGCUGGGCUACGGCUCCUUCCACCAGCAGUACUGGCUGGACGGGCGGCUGAUUGCGGUGGGGGUCAUCGACGUCCUGCCCUCCUGCGUGUCGUCCGUCUACCUGUACUACCACCCCGACUUCUCCAACCUCUCACUGGGAGUCUACUCUGCACUCAGGGAGAUUGCCUUCACCAGGCAGUUGCAGAAGCAGUCUCCUAAGCUGUGUCACUACUACCUGGGCUUCUACAUUCACUCCUGUCCAAAGAUGCGUUACAAGGGUCAAUACCUGCCUUCGGACCUCCUGUGCCCAGAGACGUUCACAUGGGUGCCCAUAGAGCAGUGUGUGCCACGACUUGACGCCUCAGCCUACGCUCGUCUCAAUCAGGACGGCCAAGCAGUGGACACUCGCGCUCUGCGAGAGCUGGGUCGUGCGCUGGUGCUCUUCCGCCGGACUGUCAUGCCGUACGCCGCCUACACCCGCAAGUGCAAGGGCUCCGGCGACGAGCCCGAGGUGGAGCAGUACGCCCAGCUGGUGGGCCAGCCCUGCGCCGAGAGGAUUCUGCUCUACCGGGCCUGAACUGGGCCCAGGACUACCCUCUCAUAUACACACACACACCUUCCCCUUAGUCACGCUUACGGUAACAGGUGUCACAUCUCCUCAGCCCCCCACCCCCCAACACACACACACACACGCACACACACACACACACACACAAACACGCACAUCUUGUUUGACUGUGCGUCUCCGUCACCUCCCAUGAUCUCCUCUCAUGCUCAACACAUUGACCGCUGCUGUGUUUCUCCAAAGACUUCCUCAGUGUCCUCCUCUAAUCAGCCCAUCCAACCUUGGCUCUGACCUCCUGCAUGUACCCCCUUUGCACUCCUCCACUUCCUGAGCCGCUGCAGCUCUGCAGCUGAGAUCUGGUAGACAACUGGCCCUGAUUUGGCCAAGAUCUGGCCCUGAGGGGAUCAAAAACUCUGACAUCUGACUCUGUUAUCUCUACCGGUCAUUAUCUCUAUCAGGGUCAAGUAGCCAAUCUUGCCAGCCUCCCUGCAUGCCAUGUUGGGGCCUCCUCUACCUACCACCCCCCCAAAUGGCCUCCCCAGUCCUCCCUAAAGCCUUGGACCUAAAGCCUUGGACCUCCUCACCUGUCUUCACACUCUCUCAUUGACCUGGGUCACCCUGGCCCCUGCAAAAAACCAAAAAACACUCUCAACAGCCCAUAAUACAACUCUGUACAGUGGUUCCUAUCACUGAUGUUUCUGGCAACAUCAUUAAAACUCACCCAAGAGCCUGGUGUGUGGCGGGGCUUGCUACUUGCUUGUUAGUGUGAAGAUGUGCUCAGGUGUGGAGUCGACAUUCACAGUUCUAGGUUCCGCCGCAAGCUGGGUUAUUCCCUGGGCUGGUUGUGUCAGCGUUACUCUGUUUCUGUGUCUAAAUAGUCUGUUAUAGUACUUUUUGUAUCUGUCUGUCUGUCUGUGACAUUUUACAUGUGCAUGUCUGUCUGUCUGUCUGUCUGUCUGUCAUUUUACAUGUGCAUGUCUGUUUGUUUGUGUCAUUUUACAUGUGCAUGUCUUUGUCUCUACCAGUGUUACUGUCUCUCAGUCUUAACCAGUCUUUCUGUGUGUCUACCUGCCUGUUUCAUCUGUCUGUCUGUCUGUUUUUCUGUCUGCCUGCCUGCCUGCCUGCCUGUCUUUCUGACGUUCCCUGUGCGUGCAUGUCAGUAUGUGUCUCUGUCCUCUCUGUAGACGGCUCACUCGUAUCCCCACCGUGUAGCCCAAUGCAAUAACCACUCUAUUAGCGUGUGUGUUGAUCUCGCUUAGCAAUGCCAGAGACUGUCCCAUCGCUCACUAAACUUCUGCACAAUGUUAUUGUUCCAUCCCUUUCUCCUCCAACUCCUCCUCCCCUCCUCCUCCUCCUCCUCCUGCUCCUGCUUCUACUCUGUCUUUCUGUGAUCACAAUCCAGCUGAACCUCAGAGCUCUGAAAAGUCCUGGUAUUAUUCAUGUGCUUCUCAGGCAUAUGAUCCCCAGACCAGACCACACACACACACACACACACACACACACACACACACACACACACACACACACACACACACACACACACACACACACACACACACACACACACACACACACACACACACAUGCACACACACACACACACACACACACACACACAGACACACACACAUGCACACAGACACACACACACACAGACACAUUCAUCUACACACAUUUCAGAUUAGAUCCAUACUGGGAGCAAGUGCCUCCAAGAUGCUUCUCUGUUUGUGUGUGUGUGUGUGUGUGUGUACACAGUAGUACUGGCAUGAGCUUGGCUGUCACCGUUGUCCCCCUUUUUGGCAAGACUGACAAUGGACUAGUCAGUGAACUAUCAGCUGUGGGUCAGCCUCACCUGAUCCAGGGUCAGACACGGGUCAUUAAGGGGUUGAUGGUGAAGAGUCACUGAGAGCAUAGCCCACCCACCCUUCCCCGGCACCAGGGCUCCUGUGGUCUGGAACGCACUUCCUCAGUAGGCCACGGAAUAAACUAUGGAGUGUGUGAGGUUGAGUUUUUCACAUGUAUCUGAUGGCUGAGACAGCACAGGCCUCAUUGAUCCCAUAAUUAAGAUAAUAGAACCAAACUCAGCAUAGGAAAUACAGCACUGAUAUGACUGCAGCUAGACUGGAGACUGGAGCACUUUGCUUUGGUAGCAUUAAUAUGGAGAUGUGCUGUCAGUCUCAGUUGUAUGCUCAGUAGUAUUGCUCAGCUGUUACUUUUAACAGAAUUACAGAUUCCGGUUGAUUAACGGUCUACACAAGGUAGGUGUUAAGUCCUACAAGCACUAAAGCGAAUGGGAUUAAAUGUCAGCUAAACUCGCUGAACGUUGAAUAAACAGCGCACACAUAUCACUACAACGACCAUAAUAUUAUGCAAGCACAGAAGCUCCAUGCUCCCAUGACUGUCAUUUAGUUCAGACACUCUCCUCCAUGCUGUAGGCUGCUCCAGGUAGCAGGGCACUCUGCACUAGAUCCAGCAUGGCCCUGGCGCUGGGAUUGGGUUGGGUCAGGGUGGAGCAGGAUCUGUACCUUAUGGGUCAGUGUCUGGUUACUCACUUACCAUUGCUAUCCCCCCACCACACACACACACACACCCUCAUGUCCAGGUCUAUACAUAUCAGAGGCCACUCCACCCCCACAGCCUGCCUGUCAGCCAGUGGCCGGCCUAGUAGGGAGAUGGCUGCGUGUGGAGGCAAGGUCCCAUCCAGCCCCAUUGUCUGCUCGACGCAGCUGUGGUGAGAACAGCUAAAUUAUAACACACCCCAACAAACUGGCUUUUCUGUGGAACAGUGAAACAAAACUCGGCUUUGUCCUCUGAUACUUUUAUUUUUUGUUUUCUUUUGUUUUGUUUGAGUUGGAUUUAUUAUUAUUUCUCUCUCUCUCUCUCUCUCUUCUCUGUAACACAUUUAUAGCUUAAGUGCAUCUGUUUUAAUAUUAUUACAAUAAUUAUUAUUUUGUUGCAAAAACAAAUAAAAAAUAUUU